AUGUUUUCUAAUAGAGUUGGACUGACUAUCAAUGAUUCCGAAGAUUCUUCGGACUGCAGCAACAACGAAUCUUUAUGUCUACCACAUUUCAGCACAUUCGGUGGAUUUCAACAACUGAAAACUAAUGUGGGUACUACAGGCAAUCAUUUUGUGUCUGCAGAGGUCACAGCCAGAUUUUUGCAGCGCUCGCUGACGUUUGCCGGAGCUUCUCAAUCCUCGAAUAAAAAAUCAGUAGUAGAAGAAGUGAUCACUGAACAGCCUCGUCGAAAGGUCGAAGAAAUUCCGAAACCAUUUGAACCGGGACCACGUACAGAAAUUCGCUGGCACAACGCAAUAUGCUGCGCUGUUAUCGAAGCCAUGGCAACUACGCUGGAGGUCUGUAUGGCGUGUUUCAGAUGUCAAGGAGGGCACUGUUAA